UAAGCAGCAGACAAGCGAUGAUCAGUUCCGUUAACAACGAAGCUGCGAAAAUGGCACAACCGUUAAGCGGAGCUAAGUCCCACCCGUCAUCUGUGGGAUGUGGUGAUUAUGCCGAAAAAAAGGACUGCAGUAAGGGCAAAUGCCCUGCAGUGAAAGCACCGAGAACAAACAAUACUCCUCAUUCUGUCGUUUUCAGGACGCCCGUGGAAACUACUAAGAAGACGAAAAACACAGUAAUUACUUCAGGGAGUGCAAGAAAUAACACAAAAUUGAAACUUUAUAAGUCAUCUUCAUGUGAAUCCUUAACACCGAAGCCAACGGAAACACCAAAAAGGCGGAGACCCCUGCAGGUGCCUUACCGAGUACCACAAGCCGAGUCAGCGAUGGCGCAGCCGUCGGCAGUGCCCGAGGACCGCGAGCAGAAGGCGGCUAAGGUCAUCACCCGCGCUCUGCUGCUGUACGCGUGGAGGCGCCGCCGCCAGGAAUCCUCAUCCCUCGCCGGCAGAAUCACCGCGCUCCAGGCAGAGGCCAACAAUCUGAGGCGACAGAAGUCGGUCCUCAAAAGCUUGGUUGCUUCCGAGACGAGCCGUAUGGCGCAAGUGUCACAGGCUCUCACGAGGGCCGAGGAAUCGUUAGCUCGCGAGCAGCGUACCGCAGAACUCCUUCGAAACGAGAAGACGCAGCUACAAGAAGAGGUGGCGUCGCUGCGCUGCCGGCUGGAGGAGACGACGACGCACGUGAACAAUUUGAAGAACACGGUUCUGGCCACGCAAGCCGAGGCGCAGAUGCUCGAGUCGGCGCUGACCAGGGAGCGCGAGAAGCUGUUGACGCUGCGAGCCGAGCGCCAGGAGCUGUCGCAGCAGGUUCAGAGUGCUGAGGAGUUGUCAUCCUACAGAGCGGAGGCUCUGAUUGAGAUGGAGGAGCGCUUCAAAGACGCCAAACUCAGUGCCGAGGGGAGCGCGAGCCAAAUUACUCUCCUAGAAGAGGAAAAAUGUAGCUUGGAAGAAGAGCUGCGACAGCUGCAGGAAGACAACUCCAGGUUGCACGAGGAGGUUACACGGCUGGAGAAUGAAAAAGAGGAAUUGGCCCGCCUUGAGCGGGAGAGAGAGAAGCAGCUCUUGCAGAAGUCGGACGCAGACAAGGAGGGGUCCACGUGCGGCGCCGUGGUGCAGGUGGGCGACCAGCUGUCGUGGGCGCGCAGCCUGGUGCAGGCGCUGCGGCGCGCCCCGCUCACUGUGCUGCAGUGCCUGGCGCUCGCGCUCGUCGUGCCGGGCCAGGCCAUCUUCUCCCGCAGGCGCUCCCUGGCCGACCCAACCAUAAAUUACCGUACCUUCCACUAAUCAAACUUGAAUUCUAUUUGUAUAUCGCUUAGUAUUUCGAAUCAUUUUAUUUGCUAUCGGGUACUUUAACUGUAAAUAUCAUCUUUGCUUUAUUAAAUAAAUAUAAGUCUCUUUCUUCUA